GUCUGGGUUUUAUUGGGAGCUGACAUUUCUGGCAAAGCCAUUAACAUUAAUGUGGCUAUUUCCCCAAAAGUCACCAAUUUAACUCAACAGUGCCCACUCGGAAAAACUAAAAUGUCCCGUAUGCUCUGCACGACAACAAAGUAACAGCCAGACUUGUAUUCAGAUUUAUUUUCUUAUAUAUACCUGAUGUCAGAAAUAUCCACCCAGUGAAGCAAUUGCCCCUACUCGAGCCGGGAGGCUAGUACGCUGCGCGCGCGUGAACUGAAAUCUAAGCGCCAGUUUUAUUGGACUUUCGAGGGAACGGUUGUGUUUUGGUGGGUUUUUGUCGAAAUCGACCAGAAGCUAUGGAUCGUGCAUUGUGGACUGCAGCUUGCUUGUUCGGAGUCCUUCUCAGCGCUACAGAGUGCACGGACUCAAACAGACUGCGGUACAGGCGGAACGUUGUGCAGUUUGGUAACAUGAUCGAGUGCCGGAUGAAUCGUCAGCCUUUGGACUAUUACGGCUAUGGCUGUCACUGUGGCUUUGGAGGCAAGGGGGCGCCAGUAGACCCCACAGACCGCUGCUGUCGCUCUCAUGACUGCUGCUACAACCGGGCGAUCACGGCGGGCUGCAACCCUUACAGCGACAUUUACCACUACACCUGUAAACACGGACGCAUCACGUGCGACGCAAAGAACGACUGGUGUGAGAGGAAGAUCUGCGAGUGCGAUCGGAGGGCAUCCGCCUGCUUCACGCACGCGCCCUUCAACAGUCGCUUCGUGGACUUCACGGGGCCGUGUCUGGGCACCAAGCCCAUUUGUCGAUGACGCGGAUUUGGCAUCACGAUGUUAACUACCUCGCCUUGUACACAGAAGGUCGUGGGGUCGAUCCCCUGGCCCUGACGCCUGUAUCUUUGGAGUUUGCACGUUCUCCCCGUGGUCGUGUGGAUUUUUAUUAGGGUCCUCCGCUUUUUCCCCUCUACAAUUAGAAUCGAAGUGCGUUUAGAGUAUUCGGCUGAUAUAAACGUCCACAUGAUAAGCCACGUCGUUGAGCUAUCAUCUGUGGCAUGGUCACUUCUGAACAAAAAGAGCUAUAUAGUUCAGUGGGCCUUACUUGCUUGAAUAAAAAAAGAGUUUGUGGUUUUUUUUUCUCAAAGCGCGCCGCCCACACACAGAGAUGACAGAAAGGACAUUUUAACCCAUGCGAGGUCACGUGUCGCAGCAGGUGCAGAGACGUUGCUGUGUCUGCACCGGAUGUAAGGUCGCCAAGGUGGUGGCAAGCCUGAGAUGGGGUGUAAGGGUGCUGUAUCACUGGAGACUAGACCGAUUUGCGACAAUGGUCUGUAGGCUGGCUUCUAAGAAUACAGUUUACAAAAUGGAUUUCAUUAGUAUGGCUUCUCAAAGUAAUCCCACUGUUGAGUACUGCAGGGCGAGCACAAUAGCAAUGUUAGCUGAGCGCUGGGGAUUUUUAAACGCAUUGUCUCGAAACAUUUUUUAAAGUGGCCUGGCCUUAGCUGUACAAAAAUUGGGGCAGGGUCAUCUGCUUCAUGCACUGCCACCAAUGCUGACAUGAUACAUCUCGUAUAAUUAGUACAUUUAGGUUGAAGCAAUGUUUCAUUUUUUUAUUAUGAUACACCUCGUAUAAUUAGUACAUUUAGGUUGAAGCAAUGUUUCCUUUUUUUAUUGUUUAAAAUUGAGAAUGAGCUCGCUUUAAACAGGCUUGUAUCCACACGCAUUU